ACUCGUAACAGUGCUGAAGUGGAAAGAGGAAAAGAAAUUUCAGCCUUUGACACAGUUCCCUGUUUUUCAUCGUCAUGUCGGAUCUGAGAAAGUUGAGAAGAGGAGAAAUCAUCACUUUAAAGUCGAGAUAAAGUCCAGCGUCGAGUCCUUUCUGUUGCGCCUAACGGGAUUUCUGUUAUAUACAAAUUACAGAUCCAGUAUCAUGGAAGAUGGUGUGAAAGAGGAGACCGCCAAGCCCAAAGAGGUGAAAUGCGCUGGGAAGGCGGGUUGGUUGAAGAAAAGUUCAGGGAAGAUCUUGAGCAGCUACAAGGAUCGAUACAUUCAGCUGGAACGAACUGUGAUUGACAUCUAUGAGAAUGAGGAAUUAACAACAUGUUUGGAAAAGUUGGACCUAGAGAACUACGAAAAGUGUCACGAGCUGAAAAGCACAUUCAAGAAGAAACAAAGGCUGGUACUAAUACGAAACCCCAAGAGCGGCAACAAGGUCCAAGAUGUCAAAUUUCAGGCACAGACCCAUGAAGAGAAAGAGGAAUGGAUCAGGGCAAUUUGUGAAGGAAUAAACAAGGCAAAAAAUAAAAUAUUUGAUGAGGUGAAAGUGGAGACCAGCACUUUAGAACAUGUUACGCGCUCUCGGCCGAAGAUGAAUCGUGAACGAAGACCGCCAACAAGAAUACACAUGAAGGAGGUUGCAAGUGUAUCAAAUGAUGGAAUUUUAAGACUGGAUCUGGACGGAGAAGUUAUCACGCUGAACGGAACGCAUAGCUUAAAUAAAGACGGGGAUAAAGAAACCGAAACUCCGAAGCCGUCCGUGUCGCUGAAUGACAUUGCCGAGGAAGAGGAUGUUAAUGAAGAUACCACACCCCAGAAGAAAGUUAUAAAGCCGCCAAUGCCGCCAUCAAAAGACAGCAAACCCAAUGAUAGCCAUAAGGACGAUGAGGCCAAAAAUGAGGCCCCACAGAAGAUUCUUACACCACCCAUGCCUCCAUCGAAAGAGAACAAACCCCGUAUCUCUUCUGAAGAGAGUGCCGCUGACGAUAAAUUGGAUGCGCAGAACGCCAACUCUGAACCAGCGAAGAACGUCCAGCCUCCAGCUCCACCGUCCAAACAUAUGAAGCCCACCCAACCGGUUACUCCAGCCACAGAGAGUCAGGAGACUGAAGAGGAGCUUAAGGAGAUGGACGAUGAAGAUAUGGUAGAUGUACCUCCAGAUGCUCAAAAGAAAAAUAAGGAAGAAGACCAGACAUUCGUUCUAUCCAAUAAGAUUAUAAAGCCCCAAGUGGUGAUGUGGGAUUCACCCACUACACCAUCAAAGGAACCACCGGUUGAAGAAGAGCAAGACUCAGCGAAAGCGUCAGAUGACACUGAAAAAGUUACAACCUCGAUCGAACCUCAUCAGAUUAACGUGACACCACUUGCAACCUCUGAAUCUCUUAAAAAGAGUUCUGGACCUCCAGCUCCACCCAAGAAGAAGCCUGUAAAGCCAGCGGCCAAAACAGAAGAAGCUUCCCCGCAAGGUAACCCCACGAUCCUUACAAUCAGCACCACUUCGGAAAAAGUCCCAGAGCAGUCUAUCGAUAAAGUUGACAUCGCACUGACAACUCCAGAACCCAAACCUGAGCCAGGUGGUGAUAUUUCAGGUGAAGACUUAGAGGAGAAGUCUUUAGACAGCGGUCAGCACUCAGGAGAAGAGUCUGAGAUCAGUGAACAGGCUUCAACCGCAAAGUUGAAGGGAAGUUCCCAGGGUCUCGAUGGCGAGACGAGCGAGGACGAUCUUGAUCCGUCCGACAGCAAAGCCGAGAGUUUGGAGGAACCGUCCUUAGGAACGCCUACCACCACCACUGAGAGCUUGGGUCUCAACGCUCAUCCGUCACCUAGCAAGUCUCUACACAUAACUGCACCCCUCAAGUGUUCCCCCAAUGCCCGAUCCGCAUCCUUGGGAGACCUGCUGUCUGAAAACACUGAGAAUAAAGAGAUACAGCACGAAAGUGACGUAAAGGACUUGCAAAGUAAAGUGUCUUUUGAGAUGGCAGAGACAGAAGAGAUGCUGAGCGAAAUUGCGACCGGACAGAGUAGCGGAACGGAGGGGCCGGCAAGUCCUGAGAUCUUGCUCAACGCAGCGAUGGAUAAGCUCAGGAAAGCUGAGCAGUUCUUAAAGGAAGCCAGAAGUAUUAAUAAAAACAACAGAUUAAGCUUGUAAUGGUAAGUAUUAGCAGAUAAUAUGCGUACCGUGUACCAUGUGUGCCGAAAAUGCAAACGAUCCAAGGCGACAGUCAGUACGUGAAUUGCCUCACAGUUUGCCUCUAUAUGAUGAUAGGCCUGCUACUUGCUGGUCAGUAUGUAUAUGCUAUAUUUUCUUUUGUAAAUACAUCAGCAAAAUCCACCAGCCAAUCAGCGUACUUGCACACUGUGGUUUUACCUUGCUUUACUCCAGUUUUACUUAUUGAAGCUUUUCUAUGUCUUAACUCAUUUAGUUGCAUUUGGCACUUUGCUAUAUCACAUUUGAAGAACAAACCAAUUGAAUUAUAUUCAGAAUGUAGCAUAAAACGAAGCGUGAGAGAAUUACGUCAUCACAGUCCCACAUAACCCCAUUGUUUUUUUGCACAUAACCCCAAUGUUAUCCAUUUGUACAGAGUUUGCACUGUAACUUUUGUAUGAAAACAGGGAGUGUAACAAGAGAUGCGAGUCAACAAGACUAGUUAGCAAGUGAAAAUGAAGAGGGACAUUUGACCUGGCGGAGACUUAUAGACAUUUUUUUUCUGGUUGAUUAUAUAAUUGCAAGGUACAUUUGGUGUCCAAAUUCAUAAUUCUCAUGACGUCCAUUUUGAGUUCAUAAUGAUUUGGUUUAAAGGGCACAUAUUACGCAAAAUUCACUUUUUACAAGGUGUUUGGACAUAAAUGUGUGUUGGCAGUGUGUCAACACAACCACCCUACAAUGAAAAA